UAGUUAUCGUUCUCAUAACAAUAAUAUAGUGAAACUUAAUAGUGAAAGUUUAAGCAGAGAGAGUAUAGAUGGAGGCAUACAAGAAGGUUGUGAGUGUGAUGCUGUUGCUGGCCAUUGCCAAUGCCAUGAUAUUGGUUAAUGGCCAAUCCUUAUGUCACAUGACAAAACAAGGGCUUAAAGCAUGCGAGCCGUAUGUGAAUGGUGAGAAUUCUGCUGAUGAUCAAACUCCAUCCACUCCUUGCUGUUCUGCUAUUGCUAAAGCAGAUCUUCAAUGCCUCUGCCGUUACAAGGAUUCAGGGUUGCUUUCUUUCUAUGGUGUUGAUCCAGAACAAGCAAUGGAACUUCCUGUUAAGUGUAAGGUUGUGGACUCCUUCCACUGCUAGUAGUGCAAAUGCAUGCAAGGGCUACUAAAAUAUUGAUGUGAUCAUUCAUCACUUUGUUCUUGUUUUUUCAUGUUUUUUGAUAAGAAAAUGUUAGUUGUUAGUGUGUGUUUAGUUCUUAGUCUUAGCUCAACUAUGUCUAUGUUUUUUUUUUUUUAAGAUUAACGUGUUUGUUGCUAAUGCUAAUGUCGUGGAUGAUUUUUUGUUGCAAUAUAUCAAGUGUUUUUCAGUUGUAGAAUGGAUUGAGUUGUGUGUUCAAGUAAUUAAGAUUAUGAUGUACUAUGUUAGCCUUGUAUCAACAUCAUUGAUAUAAUUUUCCACAAUGCAAAAAAAAUAUUUUUCCCACUACAAAAAAAAAAGUCUCCUGCCACGCCCAAGAAACCGAGGCUAUAUGCAAAAUAACCGUGGCGUA